UGAGUAACAGCUACUUCUUGUGGUAUUUAAAGUUAUUCAAUCUCUUUAUCCUCGAAUAGAGCGCUGCCCGAGGAUCGCGCUCGUCAGUGUGAGAACUGUUUUGGCUAUUGAAAGGAUUCAGGAUCUUUAACACAAUAAAAAGUGACCGAGGACGGUUCAGGUGACAAGAGAUGCACGAUACUACUAUGAUCCUACAGGUGCAUUGGUUGCAUGAUGCCUUGAAAUUGCUCGAGCGAAGAACGAAUAGAAACGUCUCCGCUGUUGAAGAGGCUGUCUAUGCGCGCGAUCUUGUUUGGACGUUACCUGAGUGGGAAUAUGGCUAUAGAAAUCUGAAAAACCCGUCGGUAGUCAUCGUCGAGGCCAAUGCGGUUGUAAUCCGUCCCCUCACAAACACACGGACGUCAAGGAGUGUAAACUGCCCACUUCGCUACGAUCGACGGGCUGUAGAUCUCGGGUGCAUCGGCGAUGCCUACAACAUACAUAAUGAAACCGGCGGCGGAGAGCAAAUGGGCAGAGCUGUUCGAGGUGAGGCUAGCAACAUCCGCGGCACCAGAGACGAGGAAAGCAGCGAGCAUCGUCAAGGGAGUCGAAGAGAUGAGUGUGGAGGAGAAGACUUUUUGGAGGCGCAGGACGUCUUGCAGCUCUGGCUAGCCACCGGCAGCGAUCGGAGAGUAAUAUGGAGGAUGAGCGUCGAAGAACACCAAGCGCAAGCGACCGUCAAUUCUUCAGGGUGAACCGGUCACGCUGAUUUGUGCUACUCCGAUGCGACCCACUUGUGGGGUCGCUAGCUGCAUCCAAUCACAGUGUGGGUGGAUGGUAUUGUGGUCCAUACGUGUACGAAGCACGGAUGGUUUCUUUUCGUGUAAACAAGACCACAUACCUCGCCCGCCGGACCCAAACCCGGUGGGCCGCGAGAUGUCCGAGAGUGAUCCAUGGCGCUCUGGGUCUUGUUGUCGACCACCCUGCUUUCUUCCCUUCUAUCCCUGGUACUCUUCUCCGCCGUCGCGGCCGUGAUCUCGGGGCGGCGGGGGAGGCGGAGGGCAGUGUGGUUCUUCCAUCCCUACACCAACGACGGCGGCGGCGGGGAGAGGGUCCUGUGGUGCGCCGUGAGGAGCGUGGAGGAGGAGAACCCCGAUCUCGACUGCGCCGUCUUUACUGUUGACGAUGCUUCCCCUCAGAGCCUGGCCGCCCGCGCCAUCGAUCGGUUCGGCGUCAAGCUCCUGCGGCCCCCUCAGGUCGUUCGUUUGUACAGAAGGAAGUGGAUUGAAGAACACACAUAUCCUCAUUUUACUAUGAUAGGACAAAGUCUUGGUUCAGUGUAUCUUUCGUGGGAGGCUCUGUGCAAAUUCACACCUCAAUUCUAUUUUGAUACUAGUGGUUAUGCUUUUACCUACCCACUUUCUUGGAUUUUUGGGUGCAAAAUUAUUUGCUAUACUCACUAUCUGACCAUCAGCUCGGAUAUGGUUUCUCGUGUUCUCCAGCACAGCUCAUUGUACAAUAAUGAUUCUCUAAUUGCUAGCAGCAUUCUGCUAUCAAGGUGCAAAGUGGUGUACUAUACAAUAUUUAGUAGGUUGUAUGGGUUGGUGGGAUCCUAUGCACAUCUUGCAAUGGUAAGUUCCUCAUGGACCAGAUCACAUAUAGAUUGUAUGUGGAAGAUUCCUCAACGCACUAAGAGAUUGUACCCUCCCUGUGAUACUUCAUCCCUGCAGAUGCUUCCUCUGGAAAAGCCAGUUAGGAGUCCUGUGAUCAUAUCAGUUGCCCAGUUUCGCCCAGAGAAGGCUCAUAGCCUUCUGCUGGAAGCAUUGCACAUGCUGUUGGAAUACUAGAUCAGGGCAUGCCUAGACCAAAGCUCCAAUUUGUGGGUAGCUGUCAGAAUAAGCAGGAUGAAGAAAGAUUGCAGAAGCUCAAAGAGAGAUGCAGGGAACUAAAUUUGGAUAAUUUUGUGGAGUUCCGCAGGGAUGCUAUGUAUAG